AUGAACAGAACGUCAGUGAAGCAUCGCGCAUUCACCGUUGAACCGAUGCGUGAUAAAGGAAUCACUUCCGUACCUGGAAUUGGGUCGGCAUAUAGUGCUAAACUUUCUGAAGCUGGAUUCAGUAAGGCUACUAAUCUCUACGGACAAUACUUGGUACUUGAUAGAAACGAGGAAGCAUUUACGGGAUGGUUGAAGGUAGGUUCAUUUCAAGUAACUUUAUGA